CACAACUAUCACCUUCACCCCCUCCUGCGCCAUGUUCUCACUCAAGGUCAUUGGUGGAAGCUGUCAGCGACUGGCUACCUGUGCGAAAACAUCCUCGUCGUCGUUGCGAUCUGGCAGCCGGGCAUACGCUGUACUCUCCUCCACUCGGUCCCCCCGCCUCGUAGCUCAGCACACGGCAGGGCGUAGAAGAAACGAUAGAAAUACCUCCUCAAGGUGCUUGACAGGUCCUAGGUCGCUCUCUGGUACCUGCUUGCGUAGAGUUGCUCUGUCGAAGCUUGACCUCGAAGGGUAUCAGUCUGCUAUAUCAGACGCAGUGGGCGUACACCUCGUCAAUCAGUUCAACCUCGACUUCCCCGGUCCCGCCAACCUCCCAGAAGGCUGGAUCAGCGGGAGCGGAGGCAAGCUUCCUCCAGACCUCCCUGCUUCUGAAGCCUUCUCCGCGUAUGGUAUUGAGCAGCGCGACCCCUUCUUCCACCGUGUCUACGCAAAUGAUACGCGCCCACCACGACAACCCACCGAGUCCGAAGACAAGGACUCAGCGAAACCCACCGGCCCCCCUCGCAUCCCCGGCAACUGGGCCCGCUUCCCCUACUUCAUGACCUACAUCCCCCCAUCCCCUUACUACCUCAUGCUCCCUCAACUCCAGAUGGUCGUCAACAUCAAGUACGGCCUCAAGGGCGCCGUCGUACCGCAGAUGUACGACCCCAAGCACGAGGCGCUCGUCUUCGCGAUGCGGCGGUGGGACGAGGGCGACGUUGAGGCUGCCGCACCGCGCUACUACUGGCUGCACUGCCCGACCGGCGAGGUCAGCGAGUUCUUGCUGCCGGAUAUGUCGGGCGCGGAGGAGAGUCUGGCCGCGAGAUGGGAGAGCGCGGAGGAGAGUUUGACGGAGCUGCUGGGUGCGGUCAGCGUGAAGGAGGCGCCGCAGAUGCCUCUCGAGGCUGAUCCGAAAGGACUCGCAAUCAUUGAGCGCAUCAUGAACCGCGACCCGACUGUCAUCGACGUGCUGGAGAAGGAAUACUUUGGUUUUAAGAUCUCGCCGACGACGGAGGAGCAGGAAGCUCAGCUGUUCGACCCUCGUCCACUUCAGGUGGCCGACGAACUUGAGAAGCGCUUCGUCGAAGAGGGCGUUGCGGACCCAGCUGGUAAUCCUGAAGAGGCCAAGAUCGACAUCAACGUUAUAAAGGAGUGGAUGCGGUUGUACGGGAUGCCAGGCCAGGAGGUGAACAUCGAGAAAGUCGCAGAGGACUAUGCUGGGCCCGAGGAAGAGGUUGUGGAGGAGCCCACGGACCGCUUCGACGAGCAUGGCCGUCGCAUCUUGGAAGAGGUUGAGGACAGAAGAGCGCCAUGAGCCUGCCAAGCAUACCACUCACGUACAUUACCUGCGGAACUGCCAUAAUCACAUCUCACACAACGGGGAAAUGACGGUGCGAUG